AUGGCAAACACCUUGGGUCCCAACAUCGCUGCGGUCCUCCCUGAGAAGCAAGGACGCCUCGCCAUCUCAGAGCGCCCAAUCUCUACGCCUGGUCCAGGAGAACUAUUGGUGCGCAAUGAAGCCGUCGCUGCAAAUCCCUCGGAUUGGAAAGUACAGACCCUCGGCGUCAUUGUCGACAAGUUCCCUGCCGUGCUCUGCAGUGACCUUGCCGGCAUCGUCGUUUCUGUUGGACCAGGUGUAACCCGCUUCAAAGCCGGCGACCGUGUCAUGGCAUUCGCUUUGGGAAUGGUUCUCGGCAACAUUGACGGGGCGGCAUUGCAGACUUUUACGAUCCUCAAUGAGGCGGCGACGUCGCAUCUACCCAAGAGCCUGACAUUCCAGCAGGGUGCCACGCUUCCAGUUGCAAUGACCACCGCUGCGAUAGCUCUAUUUGCCGAUCUCGAGCUGCCGAUGCGUGAGAAGCGCGACAAUGAACAAGGUGCUAUCCUUGUUUGGAGCGGCGCUUCGGCGGUUGGCGUUGGGGCCAUACAGAUUGCACAUGCGCUUGGGUGGACAGUUUACACUACAGCAAGUCCAAAGCAUCACGCGUGGUUGAAGAAACUUGGUGCUACGGACGCAUGGGACUACUGUGACUCGCAGGCUGCACAGCACAUAGGGCAAGCUGCCAAAGCUGCAGGACUGAAGAUCCGCGGUGCGAUCGAUACCCGAUCCGAAGACUCGUCCUUCGACUUGGUCGCCGCGGCGUUAGUCGCAGCUAACUCUACGUCUGGUGCCAGAGUUGCCACUGUAUUGCCAUGGCCAGCAGAUAAACCAAAGCCGGAGGGAACAGAGACUUUCUCUAUAAAUUGUUUUAGGUUUGUCAAGGAUCGACAGGAUAUCGGAAGUUGGCUUUUCGGCUCCUGGCUGAAUCAAGCACUCGAGGAUGGGAGAAUUGAGCCUGCACCAAAGGUUCGAGUCAUCGAAGGAGGAUUGAAGGGGGCACAAAGCAUGCUUGAUAUCCUUAAGGCUGGCGUAAGCGGUGAGAAGCUUGUGAUUAACAUCUAG